AUGCGACAAUACAUUCCUUCUAAAGCCGCAAAAUUUGACAUAAACUUUUGGAUGCUUUGUGAGGCGGCCACUGGCUAUGUUCUACAAAUGAAUGUAUAUAGAGGUCGACACUUUGAUCCAACUCCAAGAGGAGAAUUACAGGGAACAAAUGUAGUGCUUAGCCUUUUAAGAGAUUCCUCGCUUUUUAACAAGGGAUACCACGUGUUUUGUGACAGUUUUUUUACCUCCAUCAAUCUCGCAUCAAAUCCCCUCGCACACAAUACUUAUGUUACAGGAACACUGCGCAAAAACCGACCAAUGCCACGCACGAUUCAACAAGCAGAUCCCCUCGCUGGAACUGCCAUUUAUAUGCGACAGAGAGAGACUUUAUGUGUAGCGUAUAAAGACGCAGUGGAUAAGAAACCAGUGCGUAUGUUGAGCACAUUCCUCCCGGCGCAGGACCUCCACAACGGACGCUCGAGAAUAGUCGACCAGUAUAACAGGUACAUGGGAGCCGCCAAUUCUUCCGGCGCUGUUAUGAGCGCAUAUAGCGGACUUCGGCGAAACAAAAAAGUGUGGAAAAAAGUGGUAGUGCAUCUAUUUCAUCGCAUCAUGAUGAAUGCGUACCUACUGUACAAAAACAGCACUUCUGAUCGAGUAGUGUCACGUCUUAAGUUCAUUCAACACGUGAUUGAAGAUAUGGCUGGAGUUCAGCGCAAUAUCGAGAGGCCAAGACAAAGAAACCGUGUCGAUAUCCUCCCGCGGCGGAAAGAAAAAGACUGUUGCGUUUGCUCAAACCGUGCCCGUGGAG